AUGUACGGAGGUGAUGAGGUAUCGGCCAUAGUCAUAGACUUGGGUUCGCACACCUGCAAAGCUGGUUACGCCGGCGAAGAUGCGCCCAAAGCUGUGUUCCCAUCUCUGAACCGAACCGGACCGGACCCGGAAUCGAUCUCUCGAGCGGUCGCCCCAGAACCCCUCCUAAAAAGAGCUUCAAAACCCCAACUGAAUCCCCGGAAACACCAUACUGAUCCAGAAAGAGACCGACCUCAGCAGUCGGAGCUUGCAAUCAUGUACGGAGGUGAUGAGGUAUCGGCCAUAGUCAUAGACUUGGGUUCGCACACCUGCAAAGCUGGUUACGCCGGCGAAGAUGCGCCCAAAGCUGUGUUCCCAUCUGUUGUAAUAUUGCCCUCACUUAUCCUUUGUUACGCAAAUGGAAUCUUGAGUGAUCCAGUCAUGGGAAUUUCCAAUGGAUAUGUUACCGGAGUUGUUGGAUCAAUUGAUCAAAUGGAAGUUGAUGACCUUGAUAAGCCAGAGAAGAACUCAGGAGCUGGUGUAGACUCUAAAUCCAAAGGAAAACGGAAGCUAUAUGUAGGAUCUCAGGCUUUAGGAUACCGCAGGGAUCAAAUGCAGGUGCUGUCACCCAUGAAGGAUGGAGUUGUUGUUGACUGGGAUAUUGCUGAAAACAUAUGGGACCAUGCCUUCAGGGAAUGCCUAUUGGUUGAUCCUAAGGAGCAUCCAAUGCUACUUGCAGAACCAUCAUCUAACACUCAGCAACAGAGAGAAAAGGCAGCUGAGAUUAUGUUUGAAAAAUACCAAGUUCCUGCAUUAUUUUUGGCCAAGAAUGCUGUUCUCACAUCUUUUGCAUCAGGACGCGCUACUUCUUUAGUGGUUGACAGUGGUGGAGGGUCUACUACAGUUGCUCCGGUUCAUGAUGGCUAUGUUCUUCAGAAGGCUGUGCACUCGUCUCCUAUUGGGGGAGAAUUUUUGACUGAUUGCUUGAUGAAAAGCUUGGAGAGCAAAGGCCUUACCAUAAAACCUCGAUAUUCUUUCAAGCGAAAGGAAAUUCGACCAGGAGAGUUUCAGACAGUGGAUCUUGAUUUGCCCAACAUAACUGAAAGUUACAAACUCUAUUCACAGGCUGUGCACUCGUCUCCUAUUGGGGGAGAAUUUUUGACUGAUUGCUUGAUGAAAAGCUUGGAGAGCAAAGGCCUUACCAUAAAACCUCGAUAUUCUUUCAAGCGAAAGGAAAUUCGACCAGGAGAGUUUCAGACAGUGGAUCUUGAUUUGCCCAACAUAACUGAAAGUUACAAACUCUAUUCACAGAGGGUGAUUGCUAGUGAUAUCAAGGAAUGCGUGUGUCGAGCCCCAGAUACUCCAUAUGAUGAGAGUUCAUAUUCAAACAUUCCAAUGACGCCAUAUGAACUUCCCGAUGGGCAGACAAUAGAAAUUGGAGCUGACAGAUUUAAGAUUCCUGAUAUUCUGUUCAACCCAUCCUUGGCUCAGACUAUUCCUGGUAUAGAAAGCUUUGCAGAGACUGCUCCGUCCAUUCGUGGCCUGCCACAAAUGGUUAUAGAGAGCAUAAAUAAGUGUGAUGUGGACAUUCGGAGAGAACUAUUUAGUAGUAUACUGCUUGCUGGUGGCACAGCAUCAAUGCAACAAUUGAAAGAACGUCUUGAAAAAGAUUUGCUAGAGGAAUCUCCUCAAGCAGCUAGAGUUAAAGUAUUGGCAAGUGGAAAUGCCACGGAAAGGAGAUUCAGUGUCUGGAUAGGAGGGAGUAUACUGGCAUCUCUUGGUUCCUUUCAGCAAAUGUGGUUUUCCAAGUCUGAGUAUGAAGAGCAUGGUGCUUCUUACAUUCAAAGAAAAUGCCCUUAAGAAGCCAUCUUUCUGAUAAAUGGUGAAGCAUAAGUUGUCUGUAUACCCAUAGAUCCUAUUAGACUGAAUUAGCUUUACAAGCUGGUAAUGAUUUGCCUCCCAUCUUAUUUAAGGUAUGAAGCAGUCAGAUUUUUUGUUUGCUUCAUCAUGCUAACUUUCAGCCUUAGAGAAGUCCCAGAUCUUGUAUUGGAUGUUUGCAUUGUUAAUAUGCACUAACUUACGUUGUACACUUAGUUGAUUAAUUUCUGGGCUUCUGGAUAUUCUGUAGCCAACGAUCUGUGCCCCCGGAAUCCUGCACAGCGUUUUUUAUGUAUAACCCAUAACUAUAGUUUGUCGUUAACAAUGAGGUUCAACUUCUAUCAAAUGCUGAAGUCACAAUUGUGAAAAGAAUUUGACCUUGCCA